UGUGUUUACAUAUAUAGAGCCUUUGCAAAAUCAAGUUGCUGUACACAGCUAGGUAAGUAAAAUACCUUCAUUUCUAUGUUGUGAAAGUACUAAAAGUUAUUAUUUCUACUUGUAAAAAGCAUUAAAGGAAAGUUACAAUAUCUAUACAUAUGGAAUUUGUUUCCUAGAUGAUGGAGAGUGAACAAGGAAGCUAUGAAGACAUUGCUUAUACUGGGGAAAAGAGUAAACCAAUGGAAGGGGUUUUCCAUAGCCAUUUAGAGGAGAGGGUCCGUCCUUAUGUUGAUCUGAUUGACUAUUUGAGACUGAUUGGAAUUGAAGAAGAUUUGGCUUUGCCAACUAUAGCUGUAAUUGGAGAUCAGAGUUCUGGAAAAAGCUCUGUGUUGGAAGCAUUAUCUGGAGUGCCAUUGCCCAGAGGAAGUGGUAUUGUGACAAGAUGUCCACUGGAGUUAAAGCUGAGGAAGAUUAAAUGUGGUGUUCAAUGGCAAGCCGUAAUAUCUUACAACAAACAAUUCAUUGAGUUUGAUGACCCAUCACUGGUUGAGGGCUACGUUGGAGCAGCCCAGAAUGAGCUGGCUGGAGAAGGUGUUGGGAUUUGUGAUGAACUCAUCACUCUGGAGAUCAUGGCUCCUGAUGUGUGUGACCUCACACUGAUCGAUCUCCCUGGGAUUACCCGAGUUCCUGUGAAAGGUCAACCGGAGGACAUCGGACAUCAGAUCAAAAAUCUCAUACGGAAAUAUAUAGAGAAGGACCAAACUAUAAAUUUGGUAGUGGUUCCAUGUAAUGUUGACAUAGCAACAACAGAAGCUCUGAAAAUGGCACAGGAAGUGGAUCCUGAAGGAAAAAGGACAUUGGCUAUUCUCACAAAGCCAGACCUUGUAGACAGAGGAACAGAGAAAAACAUCUUGGCUAUAGUCCGAAAUCAGGUCAUUCCCUUAAGCAAAGGAUAUGUCAUCGUUAAGUGCCGUGGCCAAAAGCAAAUUGAUGAUAAAAUCUCUCUGUCUGAGGCCACUCGAGUAGAGAAGGAAUUCUUCAGACGUCAUGAAUUCUUCAAUUGCCUGUUGUACGAGGAGAAAGCAACUAUUCAGUGUCUUGCAAGCAAACUGACUCAAGACCUGGUUGAUCACAUCAAAAAAUCGUUACCUCUGAUCUCAGAGGAGAUCAAGAAGCAGCUGUGGAGCUUGAGAAAAGAGCUAAGUCAGUGUGAAGCUGGUCCACCACUGGACCCACAGAAGAGGAAGAUCUUUUUUAUUGAUACCUUGACAAAAUUUAAUGAUAAGAUCAACCGCUUGGCAUCUGGGGAAGUGGUCAGCAAUGACAACUUGUUUGUAAUGCUUCGGUCUGAAUUCAAAAAGUGGAAAGAUCAUCUUGACAACACAAAGGCAUCAUUCCACAAAACAGUCCAGGAAGUGGUGAGUGAAUAUGACCUGAAGCACAGAGGACAUGAACUGCCUGGUUUCAGUAACUACAAGGUGUUUGAGAUGGUGGUGCAGAAGCUUGUGAUCCAGCUAACAGGACCAGCUAUUGAGACACUCAGGGUCAUCAGAGACACCAUUCAGAAAGAGUUUUCAGAUGUAUCCAAAACCUGCUUCCUCAACUACCCUUUCCUCCAGUGUGUUGCUACGAACAAGAUCGACAACAUUCAGUCAAAGCAGGAAGCCAAGGUGGAGCAGAGGAUCAUGGAGCAGUUUGAGAUGGAGCAACUGGUCUAUACUCAAGAUGGCAUCUACUUCAAGACCUUGAAUGCGACUCACUCUGCUGAGGGACAAAAUGCUUCAGAAGACAACUUUGCUGGGUUUGACAACAGAAACAAAUAUCCUGUUAUGCUGCAGGCGUAUUACGAGAUCGUGGUGCAGCGCUUGGCUGACCAGGUGCCCAUGCUGAUCCGAUACUUCAUGCUGAAGGAAUCUGCUCAGCUGCUGUGCAGUGAGAUGCUGGGAUUAAUGGACGGUGCCAACGUGGCCGAUGCCUUGCGUGAAGAGUCGGAUGUCAGCAGACGCCGCAUUGACAUGCAGAACCGCACGGACCGUCUUACCCUUGCUCAAGACAAACUCAGCAACUUUGUUUAAAGCAACGGGUUACUUUGUAAAACUAUAUAGCAGGGUUUUACAUCCUUUCUAGUUUAACACCUGAAUCAAUCUAUCAGCUAAUUACAUUUGACCACUGACAUCACUGAUCUACUCAAACAGCUUUUAUAUUUCACAGAAGAGCAUUAUAAUUUAGCAGUUCAUAAUGUAUGCAAUCUGUUUUUUGGACAAUAAACCAUGUUUUAUCUUG